AUGCUCAAGGACGCCGGCGUGCGCAUCGACGGCGUGGGCAUGCAGGCGCACCUGCACGCCGACAACCACCCGACGGCCGAGGACCUGAUCGCCACGAGCGAGGGCUACGCCGCGCUGGUCGACGAGGUCGCCUUCACCGAGCUGGACGUGCGCAUCAAGACCCCCGUCAACGACACCAAGCUCGAGUGGCAGAAGGAGUGCUACCAGAAGGUGGUGACCGCCUGCGUCAAGGUCAAGGCCUGCGUCGGCAUCACCCUGUGGGACUUUUACGACCCCUUCAGCUGGGUGCCCGAUGUCUUCCCCGGCAACGGCGCGUCGCUGGUCUGGUUUGAGGACUUCUCCAAGCACCCGGCGUACGAUGGCAUGGUUGAGACCUUCAAGAAGCUGAUCGGCGAGAAGCCGGGACCGGGCUGCAAGCGCAGGAGAAGGAGCGUGGGCUCGAAGGCUUAA